CUUCCCAUUCUUCCUAUGCAGACAGACACACAACAUGGCGGACUAGAAUAGUCGGCCGACGCGCCCGGAUACAGCGGAUAAACCGUGGGAUUCAACACCCAGGAAGGCCAAGAAAGUAACACUCCGCAGGGACGAGAAGUUAGGUCGAAUCGAGGACUUUUUUCGUGGGGCUGCCGUCCUUUCCAGGAGGAUUUAUCGGAUAAACUGAGUGCGAAGUGUUGGCUGUGCGUCCCAGAUCGUGCUCUGCUAUCACCCAGGUCCCCCCACCCCGCUCACACUCUGGUUCCUGGGGUGUGGAGACAGGGGCCGGGGUUGAAAAAAACGUGGAAGAGAAAGAAAGGAUACAUUCCUACUUGGCUUUGCUGUUUUUUUUUUAACCCCCUCCUCGGGUUUCCUCUGGGCGCUACAGGAGUUGUGGACCCCGCUGGGCGAAUGAGUGAUUGAUGCCAACUUCGCUUCUUCAGGGCAGAAUGGGUGUGUGUCCCCUGCUCCUGCUGCUCGCUCUCGCCCUCGGGGCCUCAGCCCAGGAUCAUGUCCCCAUCACAAGUCCUCCAAGUAUCACUGCCAAACCCACAGACCCCCCUGCCGCUCCCUCCCUCAACUUCACAGUGGCACACACACAAGCCCCCACAGGCCCACCCACAACGCUCGCCCCCACAGUCAUCCCGGUGACAACAAUAAUAACAACAACCACAGGCCCACCAGCUGGUGAGGAGGAUGUACAACUGCCGGGUCCGAAUGCCACCGCGCUGUUACCGAUCCCCGCCCCCUCACCUCCGGCUCCAACCGAUGCCCCCGCGGCACCACCAAGCAUCGAGUCCCCCCCUCCUCCCAUCCCGGCGGGGGGAGACAACGAGACCACGGCCUUCCCUCCAGAAACCCCAACUCCAGAUUAUGACGAUGAGGAUAUAUUCAAUUUGGAGCCGGAGACCACCACAGAACCCGGGAUGGGGUUCACCUCAGACACCAGCCCACAUGAUAACAACCAGUCUGAUGACAUGCCCAUCAUAGCCGUCAUGGUGGCCCUGUCCUCCCUGCUGGUUAUCAUCUUCAUCAUCAUCAUCCUCUACAUGCUCAGGUUUAAGAAGUACAAGCAGGCGGGAAGCCAUUCGAACUCCUUCAGACUGACCAAUGGUAGAUCAGAUGAAACAGAACUCCAGAGCGUCCCGCUAUUGGCCCGCUCCCCCAGCACAAACAGGAAGUACCCGCCCCUUCAUGUUGACAAACUUGAGGAAGACAUGAAUCGUCGCAUGGCCGAUGACAACAAGCUCUUCAGGGAGGAGUUUAAUUCGCUGCCAGUCUGCCCGAUCCAGGCAUCAGUCGACGCUGCUUCCAAGGAAGAGAAUAAAGAAAAGAACAGAUACGUCAACAUCCUGCCAUACGAUCACUCCAGGGUGCAUCUCUCGUCUCUAGAGGGGGUCCCGGACUCUGACUUCAUCAACGCCUCCUUUAUAAAUGGUUACCAAGAGAAGAAUAAGUUUAUUGCAGCUCAAGGGCCAAAGGAGGAAACGGUGAACGACUACUGGCGGAUGAUCUGGGAGCAGAACACAGCCACCAUCGUCAUGGUGACCAAUCUAAAGGAGAGAAAAGAGUGUAAGUGUGCCCAGUACUGGCCGGACCAGGGCUGUUGGACAUACGGGAACAUCCGCGUGUCUGUCGAGGACCAGAUGGUUCUGGUGGACUACACCAUCCGCAAGUUCUGCAUCCAGCAGGUGGGGGACGUGUCUGGUAAGAAGCCUCAGAGGCUCGUCACCCAGUUCCACUUCACCAGCUGGCCAGACUUCGGGGUGCCCUUCACCCCCAUCGGCAUGCUCAAGUUCCUCAAGAAAGUCAAGAAUUAUAACCCUACGUAUGCUGGGGCCAUUGUGGUCCACUGUAGUGCGGGCGUGGGGCGGACAGGAACCUUCAUUGUGAUCGAUGCAAUGUUGGACAUGAUGAACACCGAGAGGAAGGUGGAUGUGUUCGGCUUCGUCACCAGGAUCAGAGCCCAGCGCUGCCAGAUGGUGCAGACUGAUAUGCAGUACGUGUUCAUCUUCCAGGCGUUGUUAGAGCACUACCUGUACGGAGACACGGAGCUGGAGGUGACUUCUCUGGAGUCCCAUCUGGCCAAACUCUACGCCCCCGCUCCUGGAGCUGGCUGCAGCGGGCUGGAGGCUGAAUUCAAGAAGCUGACAUCAAUCAAGAUCCAGAAUGAUAAAAUGAGAACAGGCAACCUGCCGGCCAACAUGAAGAAGAACAGAGUCCUGCAGAUCAUUCCAUAUGAAUUCAACAGAGUGAUAAUCCCAGUGAAGCGCGGAGAGGAGAACACCGACUACGUGAACGCCUCUUUCGUAGACGGCUACCGUCAGAAGGACUCCUACAUAGCGAGCCAGGGCCCCCUGCAGCACACCACGGAGGACUUCUGGAGGAUGAUCUGGGAGUGGAGGAGCUGCUCCAUAGUCAUGCUCACUGAGCUGGAGGAGAGAGGCCAGGAGAAAUGUGCUCAGUACUGGCCCAACGAUGGAGCGGUGGUCUAUGGGGACAUCUCCAUUGAGAUUAAAAGGGAGGAGGAGAGCGAGAGCUACACAGUGAGGGACCUCGUGGUCACCAACAGCAGGGAGAACAAGGCUCGAGCGGUGCGUCAGUUCCAUUUCCACGGCUGGCCGGAGGUGGGCAUCCCCGCGGACGGGAAAGGCAUGAUCAACAUAAUUGCUGCGGUGCAGAAGCAGCAGCAGCAGUCUGGCAACCAUCCCAUAACUGUGCACUGCAGUGCUGGUGCGGGCCGGACGGGGACUUUCUGUGCGUUGAGUACAGUCCUGGAGCGAGUGAAGGCGGAGGGCAUCCUGGAUGUUUUCCAGACGGUGAAGAGCCUCAGACUGCAGAGACCACACAUGGUGCAGACACUGGAGCAGUACGAGUUCUGUUACAAAGUGGUCCAGGAGUACAUCGAUGCCUUUUCUGACUACGCCAACUUCAAGUAGGGACCUGCCGUGGAUGGAUGUCCGAUACGCUUCAUAUGCACGCACCAGAACACACGCACACACCGCCACGCAGAAAGCUGCAACCUCCCAUCUGAUGGAUUUUUAAAAAAAGAAAAAGACUCAUCACAAGUUGAUCUGUGGAUGGGAGGGACUGCCUGCAGGAAAAGGGACAGAGGCCCGGAGGACAGGGCAGCGCAGUGGGACAGAGAAAAUAACUGAGAUGCCUUCUUGAAUAUUUUGUAAUAUUGGUCUUGUUAAUACAGCCCUUAACCCCUUAUUUGCUUCCCACCCCCCCCCCCUUCAUAUGUACAUAUACUUACUGUGUUGCAUCUUAUUACUUUGGUUUCAGACACAGUUUUGAGUUUGGCUGCAUUUUGGGGUGGCACCUGUAAUGUAUUUUAUUGGUAUAUAUAAAUAUAUAUGAAUAUAAAUCUAAUGCUUUGGAGGCUUAUGUCAAAACAAUCCAGAGUCAAGGUAAUGAGGUUUGGAUUUUCUUUUACUUUAUAGGGACAGAGACUUAAAACAUUGUUGGCUUGUCCAGAGCCGCGCUGGAGCAACAUGAGUUGUAGCAGAACCCUGAAUAUUUACAGACUAAACCUGGUCUGUGUUUCACUCCUAGACACACACAUUAUCCUUCACACAGAUAUGUUUCCAUCUAUCGAGCCACUUAAAUUCCUCCCCUUUAAAGUUUCAGGGGUUCAAAGGUCACUCACGAUUGGAGUGAGGUAGCUCGUUGACUCAGGUUGACACACGAAACACACACAGAAUACCAGGAGCCAUUCUUUCUUUUGAAUGUGUGUUUGUUUGAGCUGCAGCUGAAGACACUGUCUUCUAUCUGCAGAGUGCCAAAGUCCUUCUCUCCCUCGCAGAGUUCAGUAGCUCGAACAAUAUCUAGACAUUCACUAGACUAAAGCCAGUUUACUGUUUAAUGAUCUGCUACCAACACUCUGCUUUAACAGGAAAUCGGGCUUCUUGUUUUAAAGGUAUGGUCUGUUUCAGUAUCUGCAGCGUUGGUGAUCAUGCUGACAAGCCAAAUCCCUCCAUUAUUGCAUCAUCAACAGAUCAUAUACCCGACAUAUUUCUUUUCUAGUUUACAGACGCACGUCAGUAUUUCUUGUAGAUUGUAUUGAGUUUUUUUUUCUAUAUAGGUUUUAUUUUGAGUCUGCCUGAAUGAACUAUUUCUUUUAUAUCAGCCUCACAUCACUACGCUGUACUGUCACACUUUUAAUUCCCUUGUUUUUGUUUUCCCACCAUGAACACUGAUGCCGAAGAAUGUCUCUUAUAAUUUGAAUGCUGUUGCUAACAUUUUCCUUAAAAAUGGAUACUUUGUUACUUAAAUAGUGGUGGUGCCAUGCCAUGUUUGCUCAGAUUUUAUUUUCAAUGGCUGUCCUGUGAGGACACUUGGAUUACGGUGUGGGUUUCUUUUCAGAUGAGGCCGCAAUUGAGGCUAUGCACUCAGUUGUGAUGGAUAUUGUCAGUUAACCGCUGGGCUUCGGGUCACGUAAUGUCAACUCCCGUCAGGAAAUGAGCGACGGCUGGAUUGUUUAAACUUAUAAAUCGAGCAAAUUCAGCUCAAGCUCACCUGCAGCGCUGACUCACGUUCAAAGAUUUAAAACCCCAGCAACGGAGAGUACUCCAAUAUCAUGCCUUGCCUGGAUUUUAACAGAUUUGAUUGCUAUGAUAUUAAAAAACAUUUUGUUAAUAAAUCGUUCACAAUUUGCAACCCACACUAACGGUCUAAAUCACACUAACAGACCCGGAUUGAAUGACUUUUCUCAACGGAAGGAGCACAAUCAGUACUCAUUUAUUGAUGGUGGACAACGUCAUUAAAAGUACAUGCUGAAUCUUCUUUAGGAAGGGUGAUUUGCAUCAAUAGUGAUUGUUUGAACACUCAUGCACUAUUUGCACCAAAAGCAAAGCCCUUAAAAUUACAGAACCAAAUGAAAGAAAAGGUUAGGAUGAUGAUUUGGCCUUGAUAUUGAAAUAUAAGAGCCUUUUUUCAGGUCUCAAAGCCUUCUGUAAGGCCCCUGCAGGGACGUAAAAGUAGAUAUUUUUGAAAUGUUGGCUGUUUGUGCAUCGUCAUUUUCCUUUCAGGUCUUUUUUCCCCCAAAGCAUCACAAGUGCCCGCACUACUAGUUAGGUGCCGUUAUGCUCCUCAUUUAUCUACUUUGUCACAUAUUGGGUCUUUCAUUAAAUAGAGAAGGGGAUGCUUUUUGUUUAGCUAAUCUAUCUGUUGUGUGUGUUUGGAUCAAUGCGACUUUGAAUUUGACAGCAAAAAAUGACACUGUGCCAUCCCAUGAGACCCGCUAUUUUGCAGAUCUAGUGAAUAUGAAAAAAAGUGCCUCACUUGUAGUUUAAAACUAACCGUUACAUAUAGUUUGUGAUGCAACCGCUGUCAUCCUAAAAGCUGUCCUGAGCAUUUUCCUUACUCUGAUGACAAAUCAAUAGGGCCAGAAAUAAGACAUGGUUGGUCAUCCUUCACACUCCCUGUAGUCACAAAUACGUAGACUCCUCAAUUGUGCAGUUGAAACAAAUGUUGUGGCCUCUUUUUAAAAUAAAUAUUGUAUUUGUAUGGCCUCAUAUCAUUCCAUAUCAAUGACAUGUGGUAUCCAUGAUAAGUAAUCAAUUGUGGGUACCCAAAUGUUCAACACAAAUCGUUAAGUUUUUCCCCACCACAGUUAAAUUGAAUCUUUUAUGCAUCUUCUCCGAGGGAAAUCAGACGGUUGUCCCUGUUCCACGUCCCUUUAUCUCUGAGCUUUUCCCCAGUGGAGUGUUUUGAAUGCCCCCGAGAAAUUUAAAUAGGUCUCCAUUUCUAAAUAGUCUGACUUGAGGAAGAUUAGAGUCCAACUUUUUCUCUUCUUCUUUCCACCUGCUUAUGUCCUUUAUGUCUCCUGUCCUUGUCCACUCACUGCUGUCCACUUAUCGCUCCCUUUCCUUCCUUCACUUUGUCCUUGGACCAUGUGCCCCCAGUGGUCACAGCCCCACUCCCUUUUGUACAUAAUGUAAGGUUAUUUAUAUUUCAUUCCAGCCUGCUGCCUUGCUUAUUAUAUUUUCUUCUCCCCCCCUUCUUUUUUUCUUUUUGAAGAAUAAAAAGAUGUAUAUUGAACUGUAUCGGGACCAUUUUAAAAAUGUAUUAGAGAUGUUUUGUUUUGGCCAUUUUUAAUUUGGUAUAAUUGUCUUAAGAAAAUCCUAUUUUUUAAUUUGCCAAUGUUUGUUUCUAGUGUUUUGUUAUUCAACAUUUGAAUAUAUGUAUAUAUAAUUAUAUAUAUGACAAAAUUAUAUAUAAUUAUAUAAUGCCAAAUGGCCUUUCUAAGCAAGAUACUGUUCAAACCUAAUAAAGUGCUUGAGAUUUUA